CAGGACCCGACGUUGGUGGCCAUGGCGGGCAAGCAUGCGCGGCAUUUCGUGCCCGAGAGGUUGCCUUGGCAGGUGCUCAGCCGCAUGACGCGGGUGCUGCAGCUGUGCUGGGGCUGGUCGGGGUUGAUAGCUCUGCUGAAGGAGCUGGGCAUCUACCAGGUGGACUUCCAGCAGCACAUCGGCGGGGAGAGGCGGAGGCUCGCCGCGGCGGAGCCCUGGGCGUUCGAGCCGCUCCUCGUCGAGUGGCCGCUCGGCGCCUUCUUCCGCCCCCAGGCGGUGCUCUGCCUCCCGGGCGGCGGGCGCGGCCUGCUGGUGGCCAGCCCCUACGCGAUGUACACCACCAACACCACGACCGAGCCGCUGGUGUGGCUGGAGGAGGUCGACCGGCUGCAGGUCCCCGAGUCCACGGCCCUGCUGUGCGACUGGCAGGCCGGCGGCCCCGCUGGGCAGGCGCUGCGCGGGCGCGCGGCGGGCCCCUGGGAGCAGGCGGCGGCGGCGUGCCUGCUGGCCGCGCCCGCCGCGGGCGGCGUCCAGGCAGCGGAGGGCGCCGCCGAGGCCCCCGCGGCCGCCGCCGAGGGGGUGCUGGACAUCUCCGCGAGGCUUGACACAAUGGGCAUGGGUCUACGCGCAGACAGCGGCAGCCAGCACAUGUUCACAUCGACCCGAGAUCUGGCAAAGCGCUGGCAGGGCGAGACCGACACGGAACUCGCCCCCUCUGGCGUCCAGCAGGCAGAGGCGACCGCGGAGUUGCUUUACUCGCGGUUGCGGGGCGACGACGGCGCGGCCGCGCCGCGCGCUUGCCGCGUGUUGUGCUCCGACCUUCGGCGCGCCCGCCACACCGCAGAAAUCUACGCGGCGAGGCUCGGCUGCGACGUGGAGGUGGAGCCGAAGUUGCGGGAGCCGAGCUUGGGCAGGUUCGAGGGCAUGGUCAGGGACGACAUCUACGCGGAGCACGCGGAGCUCUUCGCGCGCCUGGCGGCCAUGGAGCAGUCGGCGCGCCUCCGGGAGCCGUACUUCGAGGGGCUGGAGUCCCCCCUGGACACGAGCAGGCGGGUCGAGGCGGUGGCCGCGCGGGUCUACGCGGACGCGCUCGCGGCGGAGGGCCUCGGCCGGGGCCAGGCGGUCUUCCUCGUGAGCCACAGCAAGGUCCUGGAGGCCGUGCUGGCCGUGGUCUUCGGCAAGUUCUACGAGGGAAUCGAGACGACGCCGUGCGGAUUCUUCCACUGGAGAUAUUGCCCCGGAAGGCACGAGCUUGGCGAGCUGCACUCGGUCGCGUGCAGCGGCCACCUGGUCCAGCAGUGA